GCCAGAAUGCUCCAGAUCAACAUGGCGUCCUACAUGAAGAUCAUCAUCGCUGCCAGGCAGCUCCACAGAAACCCGGCUCUGUUUGAACGGUCCUACAGACUCCGACCUGUCCCCCGCCAGACCCAGACUUCAGGACCAAACCAGGUCCGGUCCACGCGACUUCUCAGCCCGUCCUCCACCUCCCAGAACUCGUCUUGUACCAGAGUCAAGGCAGCGACAGCCGGUGGGCUUUCCAGGCUCGACCGCUGGGUCCGGGUCGCACAUGUCCCCCUCCUUAAUACCUGUUCCUCCGGACCCUGCACCCUCCAGACUCGGUUCUACGGUAACCGGGCCAGCGGGUCCGGAUUUUCCGGGGAGGACGAGCCAGAAAACGCGGGUUCUGGUGGAGAAGAGUCCGGAGGGGGAGAUGAUGAAAUACCGUACAGUGGAGCUCAGAUGACGGCUCUGACCCCCAUGAUAGUUCCGGAGGUGUUUCCUAAUGUCCCGCUGAUAGCUGUUUCCAGAAACCCGGUCUUCCCCCGCUUCAUAAAGAUCAUAGAGGUGAAGAACAAAGCCUUGAUGGACCUGCUGAGGAGGAAAGUGCGUCUUGCUCUGCCGUACGCCGGAGUCUUUUUGAAGAAGGAUGACAAUAAUGAGUCGGAUGUGGUGGAAUCCCUCCAUGACGUUUAUUCUACGGGGACCUUCGUUCAGAUCCAUGAGAUGCAGGAUCUAGGAGACAAGCUGAGGAUGAUCGUCAUGGGCCACCGCAGGAUCCGGAUCACACGGCAGCUGGACAUUGAGGCCGAGGAUGUACCCACAUCGCCCGAGUUGUCUGAACCUGAGUCGGACCCCCAGCUCAAAUCUGCGCUGAGACGUAAGUCCAAACGCAGCCGUAAGGAGCGGUCGGCCUCUCUGACCCAGCAGCUUGAAGACGAGAUUUCAGGGGCAGACCUGAGUCCAGAGCUUCAGCCGCUCGCCUCGUCUGACGUCCUGAUGGUUGAAGUGGACAACGUGCAGCAUGAGCAGUUCACCGUCACGGAGGAAGUAAAGGCGCUGACGGCUGAGAUCGUGAAGACCAUCAGAGACAUCAUCGCUCUCAAUCCUCUCUACAGAGAGUCGGUCCUUCAGAUGAUGCAGGCUGGUCAGAGGGUGGUGGAUAAUCCCAUCUACCUGAGUGACAUGGGAGCAGCGCUGACGGGGGCGGAGUCUCAUGAACUACAGGAUGUCCUGGAAGAAACCAACAUCCCUAAACGUCUCUACAAGGCGCUGUCUCUUCUGAAGAAGGAGUUUGAACUGAGUAAACUGCAGCAGCGCCUCGGUCGUGAGGUCGAGGAGAAGAUCAAACAGACCCAUAGGAAGUACCUGCUCCAGGAGCAACUCAAAAUCAUCAAGAAGGAGCUGGGUCUAGAAAAAGAUGACAAAGAAGCUAUUGAAGAAAAAUUUCGAGAGCGACUGAAAGACAGGACUGUUCCUCAGCACAUAAUGGAAGUGAUCGAUGAAGAACUCAACAAACUGGGGUUGCUGGACAACCAUUCAUCAGAGUUUAAUGUGACCCGUAACUACCUGGACUGGCUGACCAGCAUGCCGUGGGGCACAAACAGUGAAGAGAACCUGUUACUGGACCGAGCCAAAGAAGUUCUGGAAGAAGAUCACUACGGAAUGGAUGAUGUGAAGAAACGUAUAUUGGAGUUCAUGGCGGUGAGCCAGCUCCGAGGCUCCACACAGGGCAAGAUCCUGUGUUUCUACGGUCCUCCUGGUGUCGGGAAGACGUCCAUCGCUCGCUCCAUAGCCCGGGCCCUGAACAGGCAGUACUUCAGGUUCAGUGUGGGAGGCAUGACCGACGUGGCUGAGAUCAAAGGACACAGGAGAACAUAUGUUGGUGCGAUGCCUGGGAAGAUCAUCCAGUGUUUGAAGAAAACAAAGACGGAGAACCCUCUGGUGUUAAUCGAUGAGGUGGAUAAGAUUGGCCGUGGUUACCAGGGCGAUCCGUCCUCUGCCCUGCUGGAGCUUCUCGACCCCGAACAGAACGCCAACUUCCUGGACCACUACCUGGACGUACCUGUGGAUCUGUCAAAGGUUCUGUUUAUAUGUACGGCCAAUAUUACUGACACCAUUCCAGAACCUCUCAGAGACCGGAUGGAGAUGAUCAAUGUGUCCGGAUACGUGGCUCAGGAAAAACUGGCCAUUGCCGAGCGUUACCUGGUGCCUCAGCUUCGCUCACUGUGUGGACUCGCUGACGAGAAGGCCUCGAUCUCAUCAGAGGCUCUCAGUCUGCUCAUCAAACAGUACUGCAGAGAGUCUGGAGUGAGGAAUCUCCAGAAACAAAUAGAAAAGGUGUUUCGUAAAGUGGCGUUCAACCUUGUGAGUGGAGAGCAGAGCUCAGUGGCCGUCACGCCCGACAACCUGCAGGAGUUCGUGGGUAAACCCAUCUUCACCGUGGACCGCAUGUAUGACAUCACCCCUCCAGGAGUGGUGAUGGGCCUAGCCUGGACGGCUCUGGGAGGAUCCACGUUGUUCAUCGAAACGUCGAUCCGCCGCCCCGCUGGAGGAGCGGACGCUAAAGCAGAAGGGUCGCUGGAGGUCACCGGACAACUUGGGGACGUUAUGAAGGAAAGUGCAAAAAUUGCUUCAACUUUUGCCAGAGCCUUCCUUCAAACGCAGGAUCCAGGAAAUAACUUCCUGAUCAACUCCCACCUCCACCUUCAUGUUCCCGAGGGAGCGACGCCCAAAGACGGGCCGAGCGCCGGCUGCACCAUCGUCACAGCUCUGCUGUCCCUGGCCACCAAGCGCUCGGUGCGUCACAACGUGGCCAUGACCGGGGAGCUGUCGCUGACGGGCAAAAUCCUGCCUGUGGGAGGAAUCAAAGAGAAAACUAUUGCUGCUCGUCGUGCCGGGGUCACCUGCAUCAUCCUUCCAGCUGAGAACAGGAAGGACUUCUCCGACCUGCCAGCCUACAUCACCGAGGGCCUUGAGGUCCACUUUGUGGACCACUACAACCAGAUCUACCCCAUCGCUUUCCCGCAGAACUAGCCUGAAUGGGUUUCCAACUAGAAGCGACCAGUCUAGAAGCCUUAUAGAAGCUGGUCGAGCUGGUCCGACGUGUAGCUGCUCGUUGAACUGACCGGACCCACAUGUGGACCCUGAAGGGUCACUGUGGCGUUUGGUACCACUUUAAAUAUUUCAUAAUGAUUCCAGAGCAGCUGACCCAUGACUCAGAUCCCUCCAUCAGCAGACGAGUGCCUCCAGCUCCUGCAGGAUUCUGAGUGGAGGAGGCCCACCAUUAGGUGGUGGGGUGGGGUCUAACAGCUGUGCCAAAGACGAGCGUUAAGGGCACAGGAAGUGAUGUCACUGAUGAUUUGAGCAAGAACCUUGGUGCCAGGCAGCCUCUGUCUCAAACAUCAGUAGCUGAACUCUUUCACUAUUUUAUAUUUAAACAAAUGUCACUAUUCUAUUAAAACAUAAUGUAUGAAAUAACUAA